GCGACCUUCUUGAGAUUGGGCUUGCCCAUUCACCUUUCCGAUUGGAUGACCACAUGUAACUGUGGAGCCACCCUAGAUGGCAGUGGGUACCAUCUGUUAACAUGUAAAUCUGGUGGUGAGCCAGUUUGGUCACAUGAAGCCAUAGCAUCAACUUGGUCUGAUUGUCUUCGAGAGCUAAAUGUGCACCACCGAAGAGAACCACGACAUCGCUAUUCAAAUUCAAAUGAUAGACCAGACAUUGUGGCAUUUGACCUCGACAAGGGUUGCAACGUUGACCUGGAUAUAGCUCUGGCACACGCUUGGAGCUCUGAUAUUUUUCCAAGGUCAUCUGAGUCAGAUUGUGCUGCUGCAGAAAGAAGAGAAGAGAGGAAGAAGGCAAAAUAUGCAAAGGAAAAUCUACCAGGUGGAUCAACAGUCAGUUUCAUUCCCUUAGCUAUAGAACAUUUUGGACGAUGGGGUGAGAUGGGAAAAAACUUUCUGGAAAGGCUAGCCAAAAAGUCACGUGAUGAACUUGGUCAACCUAACGCUGCUGAGUUUUUGGACAUCUGGAGAAAGAGAUUCUCAACUCAACUUCAGAAGUGCAAUGCAAAAGUCAUCAUGAGAAAAAUCUCAGCUCUGACAAAUCACAUUGACUGUACUGUAGAUUGCUCUAUCCAGUUUUUCAGCCACUAAGUUGGCUCCGGGUAGUCUGCAUUGUUCUCUUUUAAGUGUUACAUGUUUGUUUGUUUUUAAAAUCUAGUCCUAGUAAACUCUCAUAGUUACAGAACUUUAUAUAGUUACCUUGCUAGCAUUGUAUUAUAGAUGUAUGUUUGAAAUAAAUGUUAUUUGACAGACAGACAGACAGACAGACAGACAGACAGACAGACAGACAGACAGACACAUAGACAGACAGACAGACACAGGCAGAAACACAGACAGACAGAGACACAGACAGACACAUCACUUAUAGACAGACGCUUAGACAGACAGCAGACCCAUAAACAGACAGACAGACGGAUGGACGGACACACACACACACAAACACACACAAAUGGUAAAUGGAUAAGGAGCUGCCAUAAAUGGUUACGUCCCCAGCCAGAUGGCUGAGUUCCUGUGCACUAGUCUAAGCAGGCUAUGGGCCAUGCUAAGCAAUCUCCUAGAGCCUGGCCAGGUACUCGCAGGAGCACCGACUGCGAUGCCAACUGUGGUGUGGGCAUCCGAAGUCCCACCCGGACCCCAGUGGCUGAUGGACUUUGUUUGAAAUAAAUGUUAUUUGACAGACAGACAGAGACAGACAGACAGACAGACAGACAGACAGACACAUAGACAGACAGACAGACACAGACAGAAACACAGACAGACAGACACAUAAACAGACACUUAUAGACAGACGCUUAGACAGACAGCAGACCCAUAAACAGACAGACAGACGGAUGGACGGACACACCCACAAACACACACAAAUGGUAAAUGGAUAAGGAGCUGCCAUAAAUGGUUACGUCCCCAGCCAGAUGGCUGAGUUUCUGUGCACUAGUCUAAGCAGGAGCUAUGGGCCAUGCUAAGCAAUCUCCUAGAGCCUGGCCAGGUACUCGCAGGAGCACCGACUGCGAUGCCAACUGUGGUGUGGGCAUCCGAAGUCUCACCCGGACCCCAGUGGCUGAUGGACUUUGUCGCAGUCGGAGGCCUUUGCCACCCCAGUCUAAGACCAGGUACUCAUUUAUACUCCUGAGUUGAGAGAGGCAAUUGUGUGUGAGGUUCUUGUCCAAGGAAAUUAUGCCAUAGCUCGUCAUCACUGUGACUUGAACUUGCAAUCCUGCAAGGUCCCGGUUGUUUCCAUUUUCGAAAUGCACUCUCUAACUAAUUGAGCUACAGCACCGCACUUAAGCUACAGCACCGCACUUGAGCUACAGCAUCACACACACACACACACACACACACACACACACACACACACACACACACACACACACACACACACACACACACACACACAGAUAGACAGACAGACACAGACACACAGACGUAGUAUUGAUUAGUACUUCCACACAGCAGCUGUACUCAUAUGGCAAGACUGUCAAAACAGUUGGAAACUACGAAGCAUGCAAUAUCGAUCCCAACUGCAGUACUAACAUGAUUCAAUUAUCUUGUCCAUAAAGGUUCAGGUCG